UAUACCCUGGCCGGCUGCGCUCCUGAACCAACCGUCAGCGGCUCGCGUUGAACAAAAACUGUUUCGCUCGCAUCGCUUCAACAAGCAAGCAUCGACAUUUCUAAGCCGCGGAAAAGACGACAACCAACAUCGACUACCAAACGAUUUUGUGCCGUGGACGUGAAGCCUUCCCGAUUCACGAAUUGUUUUCACCAAAACAGUGCUUGUAAUCAAGACUCGGUGCGAGUGUGUGUGUGUUUGUGUUCCCGGUUACUUAUUGUGUGUGUGUGUGCGUUGUGUCCUUCGUACGGUUAAAGGUCUCCGUUGCAUUUGGGAACAUUUUGCUGUAAAGUGUUCCUCCCAUCCUCCCAGAAACCCUUGCUCCUGCAUGACCUGUCAUAAGGCGUUGGUGUUGUCGGAUUGUUGUUACGGAAGGGAUUGACCAUCAGUCCGGGAAGCUGCCACAGCGAGUGUGAUUGCGCUUAGUUCCGUUCGUUGAGUGUGCUUUGUUUGUGUUUGCCUUCGAGUUUGUGCACCGCCUCUGCCGCUGCCAACAGGAUGUCCGAGUCCGGCAAAGCGUUUUCCAACGUGGAAUCUUCCAGCUACGUCGGGUUUGCCAACCUACCGAACCAGGUGCACCGCAAGUCGGUGAAGAAAGGGUUCGAGUUUACGCUGAUGGUCGUCGGUGAGUCGGGCCUCGGCAAAUCCACCCUGGUCAACAGUCUGUUCCUGAGCGACCUUUACCCGGAGCGUGUGAUACCGAAUGCUGUCGAAAAGCAAAACCAGACGGUCAAGCUGGAUGCGUCGACGGUGGAGAUUGAGGAGCGGGGUGUGAAGCUGCGGCUAACGGUGGUCGAUACGCCCGGGUUCGGCGAUGCGAUCGAUAAUAGCGAUAGCUUCAGCGCGAUCCUCGAGUACAUCGAUGAGCAGUACGAGCGGUUUUUGCGCGACGAAAGUGGGCUGAACCGUCGUAACAUUGUCGACAACAGGAUACACUGCUGCUUCUACUUUAUCUCACCGUUCGGCCAUGGGCUCAAACCGCUCGACAUUGAGUUUAUGAAGAAGCUGCACUGCAAGGUGAACAUUGUGCCGGUGAUUGCGAAGGCCGACGUGCUGACGAAGAAGGAAAUCCAGCGCCUCAAGUGCCGUAUCAUGCAGGAGAUUGAGGAUAAUGGGAUCAAAAUCUAUCCACUGCCCGAUUGUGAUAGUGACGAGGACGAGGACUACAAGGAGCAGGUGCGCCAGCUAAAGGAAGCGGUCCCGUUCGCCGUCUGUGGCUCGACCACGCUGCUGGAGGUGAAGGGACGCAAGGUGCGCGGACGGCUGUAUCCGUGGGGUGUGGUCGAGGUGGAAAAUCCGGACCAUUGCGACUUUAUCAAGCUGCGCACCAUGCUAAUCACACACAUGCAAGACCUGCAGGAGGUCACGCAGGAGGUGCACUACGAAAACUAUCGCUCGGAACGGUUGGCCAAAUCCGUGCGCAAAAACACCAACUCGGUCAUUAAGGAGGAUAAUGCCGUGCUGGCCGGCGGUGAGUCGCUCACGGAGAAGGAUCGGAUUUUGCGCGAAAAGGAGGAAGAAAUCCGUCGGAUGCAGGAAAAGCUCGCACAGAUGCAGGCCAAAAUUCAGGCCCAGAAGUAAUAAUGCUCGGUGCGCUCGUUCGAUACUGGUGACGAUGGUCGUCAAGGUUUUUGUAAUGCACAAACAGAAGGAAAAGCAUGCUUCCAGCCUUCAAACAGCAGGGGUCCGUUCAAUUGCAAGCAAUUAGGCCCCAUUCCUCCUCGUCCGAACGAUUCAUAUCAAACCUCCAAAAGAAUCAUCUCACCCCGCAAGGAACAAACAACAAGGAGACGGAUGUCCAAAUACUUCGUCGUGUGCCAUCUUCCGCUUCACCGCCAUGCAACAACCCAUCAGUGUCAGCAGCAUCAGUCACCGUCCGUCAUCAUCUCUGGCAACCAUUUUUCCUUGUGCACGCACGUAUAGACUCAUCGAGAAUCUCUCUGUCUCUCUUCAUUUACAGUAGCGUAGCGUGUAUAGUGGCUUCUAUUACGAAGAUUAUCCUCUCAUAAGUGUAGUUGGGGUGCGUCGUUUUCGUUGUGUACGCGAACAAGACAGCACAGUCGACGAUUUUCGGUACGAACUGUUCGCCUAUUGUAGAACUAGUAACGAUUCGAACAACGAACGGGGGUACUUAAACACGGGCUCUAGCCCUCUCCAUUUCCAUUUCACUUUCGCGCUUUUCCAGCUCGUAUAAUCCGCGCUCCGUGUGGCUUUCCGUUGCGUUCCAAUAAAAAGUGCGUCAGUGGCAAGUCGGAAUAGAGCGAAGAAACAUUGAAACCACUGCCCCACUCAGGUCCGACCGACGGCCGCCUGCAGUCAGCUGCAAUAAUCUGCAAUAGAUGGUAACAAACAAACAAAAACAAAGCAAACUAAAGGUAACAGUUAGCUGCUCCGCCGAUCGUACGAAAGCGCGUACGAUUUUACCAGCAGCAGCAGCGAUAAGCGAAAGAUGCGCGUCUCGAUAUUUUAGAGUAUUACUAUAUAAAUAUAUAUAUUUUUACCUUUUCGGUUCCAACCGGUUUCGGACAGGAUCAGUUUUCAAUAAAUGGUAUUCUACAGGAGAAAUCAA